AGAUAGGGAGCGUGGACCGUGAGGCGAGUGGGUUCCAUUGGUUUAUUGAAAAAUGAAAAAUCAGUGAGAAAGGGAAUUACAAAUCCACCACUUAAAUAUGUACCAAAGCAGAAGGGAAAAGUGCUUAGUUGGCCAACUUUGACCCGCCUUGUGUGCAGCCUUAGAGAUACAUAGGGGUGAGCCUCUCGCCCUUUUUCAACCAAACCGUUGGUGUUCUUCAAAACCCAGAUCUCCAUUUUUUCUGGGUCUGUCUCACUUUCAAGCUAUCGUCAUUUGUUCGCACUUUCAGAGGAAAAAGUAAUGGCUCCUGUAUCAAGAAUUGGCCUUUCUGGCCUUGCAGUCAUGGGUCAAAAUCUUGCCCUCAACAUUGCUGAGAAAGGAUUCCCAAUUUCUGUUUACAACCGAACCACCUCAAAAGUCGAUGAAACCGUUGAACGAGCCAAACAGGAAGGAAACCUUCCCUUAUAUGGCUUCCAUGAUCCUGAAUCCUUUGUUAAUUCAAUCCAAAAGCCCCGUGUCAUAAUCAUGCUUGUUAAGGCUGGGGCUCCAGUUGACCAGACCAUCAAAACCCUGUCCGGUUACUUGGAGAAAGGAGACUGUAUCAUUGAUGGUGGCAAUGAGUGGUAUGAGAACACGGAGAGGAGAGAGAAAGCCAUGGCUGAACUGGGUCUGCUCUAUCUUGGCAUGGGAGUUUCAGGUGGUGAAGAGGGUGCUCGUCAUGGGCCAUCUUUGAUGCCUGGAGGUUCAUUUGAGGCUUACAAGUACAUAGAAGAUAUCCUUCUUAAAGUGGCUGCUCAAGUUCCUGAUAGUGGCCCCUGUGUGACUUACAUUGGCAAAGGGGGUUCUGGAAAUUUCGUUAAGAUGGUUCACAAUGGUAUUGAAUAUGGUGAUAUGCAGCUGAUUGCAGAGGCCUAUGAUGUGCUUAAAUCAGUUGGUAAGCUCUCCAAUGAGGAAUUGCGUAAUGUUUUCUCGGAGUGGAACAAGGGGGAGCUUUUGAGCUUCUUGAUUGAGAUUACUGCAGAUAUCUUCAGUAUUAAGGAUGAUAAGGGAGACGGAUUUUUGGUAGACAAGGUUUUGGACAAAACUGGCAUGAAAGGGACUGGUAAAUGGACAGUUCAGCAAGCUGCUGACCUAUCAGUUGCAGCCCCAACUAUAGCAUCCUCUUUGGAUGCAAGGUUCCUCAGUGGGCUGAAGGAAGAGCGUGUUGAAGCUGCCAAAGUUUUCAAAUCAAGUGGUUUUGAAAACGUCUUGUCUGACCAGACUGUGGACAAGAAGAAGUUGAUAGAUGAUGUGAGGCAGGCACUUUAUGCAUCCAAAAUUUGUAGUUAUGCACAGGGAAUGAAUCUUAUCCGGGCAAAGAGCAUUGAGAAGGGAUGGGAUUUGAAACUGGGUGAGCUUGCCAGGAUUUGGAAGGGAGGUUGCAUUAUUCGUGCAAUAUUUUUGGACCGUAUCAAGAAGGCCUAUGAUAGGAAUGCAGAUCUUGCUAACCUUCUUGUGGAUCCAGAGUUUGCAAAGGAGAUAGUUGAGCGACAGUCUGCCUGGCGAAGGGUUGUUUGCCUUGCCAUCAACUCAGGCAUUAGCACUCCGGGUAUGUCUUCUAGUCUUGCUUACUUUGAUUCCUACAGGAGGGACAGGCUGCCUGCUAAUUUGGUCCAAGCUCAAAGAGAUUAUUUUGGAGCUCAUACCUAUGAGAGGAUUGAUACAACAGGAUCUUUCCAUACCGAAUGGUUCAAGAUUGCUCAGCAGUCAAAGAUUUGAUGUGAGCUUCCUGUUGGGGUUCCCCUACCUAAUUGAGCAAUUAUCAUUAAACCUAAUAAUAUGGAAGAAUUAGGACAGUUUGCUCUGCUACCAUGCAGUAUUAGCGGUUCUCUAGUAUUAGUUCUAUUGAGUUUGUUAAACUAUUAUUGGCCUUUUUUUAUUUUUAUUUUAAUUUUGUGUUUGUGUGGAGAUUUAUUGCUGGUCUUGCUGGCCGUGUCAUUCUACAUUGGAGGAUCCACUCCUUAAUAAUCUUAUUCCCUUAUAAAAAUAAGAACAUGUAUGUUUCCCAUCCCAGGGAAGAUAAA